AUGGUCUUCACACUGCGCAGGGGCGGUAAAUGCCAGCAAGCUGUCUAUGCAGGCCAUAUUGUGCCUCUUUGCAACAAGAGCCUCGCGACUUUUGGUGGAAGGGGCCAGCAACUAGCUACGGUUUUACCCCUUCCCGCUGCCCAGUCGCCCUCGGGAAAAUUCGGUCUCCCGUGCCCGCUGCUGAAGACCCUGCCGGGUCUGGGCGAGGACGACCCGAAGAAGUUCACGGGCAAACUCCGCGGGAUCCCUGUCCUGAAAGGCUAUGCCCAUUUCCCCGAAGCGUAUCCUGCUUGGCGCCUUACAGACCUGUUGAUCAGCUCCCACACUGCGUCCUGGACGGGAUGGCCGACGCACCGAGGGACAUCGAUGGCAAGGACGAGGCGAGCAGCCUGCUCCUCUCCUUCACCAGGGCAGGAGUCUGAGCUAAAGAAGUUCAAGGGCAAACUCCACCAUUUCCCCAUCCAGAAGCGCUUUGUGAAUAUUUCAAAGGAGUUGCUGGAGGAAGCAAGUGUUUCGCACCUCAGCCAGCUGCUCCUCGUCUACUAUGGCCCGGAUUAUGCCUUGGAAGUGACGGCCAGAGUUCUGAAAGCGAUCAACUGUGAGCUGCUGGCAGACAGGGAAGAUGACCUGGUCAUGCCCGCUGAUGUGGGCAGAAUGCAGAGAGAGGUGGAAAGGAACAAGCCACUGGAAGGAGUCACAAUCUCUGCUAAGAAGAUUAUCUGCAAGGGAAGGAAAGAAUUAAUUGAGAUUCUUGGAAGGGACAUUUUACAUGUGUUAUUCUCUCGCUAUAUUAUCACACGGAAAGAAUUCUGGGACUUGCUGGAAGCAGAGGAAGACUCCAAGGAGAAAAGUAAAAAAUUGCUGCGUAUGAUCCAGGGAAGGGGGGAGCAAGCUUGUUGCCAGUUCCUUGAAUGUGUAGAAAUGGAACAUCUGGGUUCCAUCCAGAAUCUGCUGCUUGCAAUACGUGGCUCGGGGCAAGAUCCAGUCCAGACUUCUGGCCACUCAGGGCUACAGUUAGAAUCCCCCCUGUUUGCAGAGGAAGGAGGAAGCACAAAGAUGGAAAACCCGGCAGGUUCUGGGGAAAGUAGCCGGGGUAGCUGGUGCCCCAGUGAGGAGCUUCCAGAAAAAAUCAAACCAGACAUGGUUUGGGACUCAGAAGGGGGUCACAAAAAAUACAGAGUGAGCUCCACAAAGGCUGGCUCCUUCUCUUGUUUAGAUUCAGAUCUCAUAUGUGAGGUGAGAGAAGCUGUGACCUUAACAUACUAUUUUGAUUCGUGGCUGAAGCUCUUGGAAGUACAGAACACUGAGGAGUUGCAUGUCGCUGGCCCUCUGCUCAACAUUCAAGUGGAUGUAGUGGAGGCUGUGACAGCCAUUCACAUCCCUCACUUCCUGUCUCUUUCAGCUGAAGACCAUUCUGGGGUCUAUAUUGCACAUUUUGUCAAAGGGGAGAUGAAGCUGGAGAAGCCAGACCGAGUGGAGCCUCAUCACGUUGUGUUGGAAAACCCCAAGUUCUCUUCCCUUGGAAUCAUUUUCAAAAAGAUGUUUAAUCAAAAGAUCAACACCGUGGCAAGGCUCUAUCAGAGACUUCGAUUCAAAAUGCUAAUAUUCCACCUAUACCUCUUACCCAAUGACCCCUCCCUGAUAAAGGCUGUGGAUGAGCAUGAAGCAAAUUGCCAUUCACAGAGACUAGAGAAACCCCCUGGGACCCUGAAAAGUCUGAAGAUUGGCACUCCCGUCUUUGUGCAGACCUUAGACGACGUCACAAUCUGGCCUGAGGAAGUGAAGCUUCAAUACCUGGAUGCUGAGAAGCUGCAGCAGUACGUGGAGCUGUCUGCUGAGCAAAUGCAAGAGAAGUUCAGCUUCACGCUGGUGGAGAAGCGCACAAAUAAGCUCAUCUGGAAGGCCCAUGUGAAACAAGGUGCAUUUUGA